UCAGACCUUCACCAGAGCUCCACCUGCCUUGGCACCCCUGCCGUGAAGGACGUGAACGACACCACGUGCAAGCAGACUCUGCCUGGCAACAAUGGAAACAACCAAAACAUGCCCGUCCAUCCCCCAGCCCAUGGCUUCCCCGUCCUAUGCGUUUCCUCUGCAAUCCCACCCCCACGUGACCAGCCCGGCGGGCGCGAGCCGCACUAAUUUCUCCGCUGACGUGCCCAUGAUCCGACUCAUGACCUGACCUGACCUCUCUCCCAGCACCCUCCGCGUCCCACAUCGCCAUCAACCGCUCUGCGCCCGCCUCAAUUGGCCGCCCGCCAGCUUCACCAUGUCUUUGAUCAGGUCCACGACGCUGCGCGCGUCCUCAAUCGCACGCGCCGCCCGCCCAGCGCGCUGCAUCCGCACCGCCGAGCUCCCAUGGCAGCGCGCCCUCCAGCGCAGGACAUAUGCCAGCGGCCACGGUGCCCACGGCCAGGCCCCGAGCAGCGACGUCCCCUGGAUGGCUGCAUCCGCCGUCGGCACUGCCACAGGUCUCUACAUUGUCGUGACGCAAGACACAAGUCACGGCGCCGCUCACGGCGAACACCACGAUGACCACCACGCCGAGAAGGAUGACGAGCCCGAGGAGGAGGCCGCCGACGACGCCGAGGAAAAGGACGAAUCGAGCGACGACUCCAAGGACAGCUCCAAGGACAAGGACGACGAGCCCAAGCACGUGGCUGAUGACGGAUCCAAGGACGAGUCGUCCAACGACAUCACCCACUCCGAGUCCCGCGAGAAAAAGGCAGAGGACAAGAAGGCCGAGAAGAGCGGCCGCGGAGAGGGCAACCCUGGCGACGAGAAGGAGGCUUCCCCCGACAAGAGCGACAAGGCCUCCCCUCGCAAGGACGCCAAGAGCUCCAACGAGAUGUCGGGCAAGCAGGAGGGCAUGUCCAACGCCGACACCCACCACUCGUCGGAGAUUUCCAAGCAUGACGAGAAGAGCAAAAAGGGCGAGGGUGUUGCUGAGACUGCCAAACUCAAGGGCACCGUCUCGACAGACCGACCUGGCGCUGAAAACAAAGAGGAACGCGGCAAGAACCAGCAGAACAAGGAUGAGUAAAUCAUCAACCGAUGCGAGGGCCUGGGACCGUGCCCGUUACAGUUGUUUCCCGAAGGCGACAGUGGACUCAUCCUCCGUGUGCAUUGUGCUAGAAUACAACCACCCAU